CGCCCUCCCCAAUCCGGAUACCCAUUGUCUCCCACCCCACUCGGCCCUCCACUUCCCCACAACCAUGGCGCACGAUGCCGGGAGGAGUUCUUGUCUCGGAGGGCCCUGCGGGGAGCCGGCGGUGCUCGGAGGUGACGCUAGCGAGGAGGAGCACCCCCAAGUCUGUGCCAAGUGCUGCGCGCAAUUCACUGACCCAACCGAAUUCCUCACCCACCGGAAUGCAUGUUCUACUGAUCCUCCUGUAAUGGUGAUAAUUGGAGGCCAGGAGAACCCCAACAACUCUUCGGCCUCCUCUGAACCCCGGCCUGAGGGCCACAAUAGUCCCCAGGUCAUGGACACAGAGCACAGCAACCCUCCGGAUUCCGGGUCCUCCACGGAUCCCACCUGGGGACCAGAGAGGAGGGGAGAGGACUCUUCCGGGCAUUUCCUGGUCGCUGCCACAGGUACAGCGGCUGGGGGAGGAGGGGGCCUGAUCUUGGCCAGUCCCAAGCUGGGUGCAACUCCAUUACCUCCAGAAUCCGCCCCUGCACCCCCUCCUCCUCCACCUCCCCCUCCACCCUCAGCUGUAGGCAGCGGCCACUUAAACAUCCCGCUGAUCUUGGAAGAGCUACGGGUGCUGCAGCAGCGGCAGAUCCAUCAGAUGCAGAUGACUGAGCAAAUCUGCCGGCAGGUGCUGCUGCUUGGCUCCUUAGGUCAGACGGUGGGUGCUCCUGCCAGUCCCGCAGAGCUACCUGGGACAGGGACUGCCUCCUCCACCAAGCCCCUACUACCCCUCUUCAGCCCCAUCAAGCCUGUCCAAACUGGCAAGACCCUGGCACCUUCCUCCUCCUCCUCCUCCUCCUCUUCCUCCUCCUCAGGGGCAGAAACGCCCAAGCAGGCUUUCUUCCACCUUUACCAUCCUCUGGGGUCACAGCAUCCCUUCUCUGCUGGAGGGGUUGGGCGAAGCCACAAACCCACCCCUGCCCCCUCCCCGGCCCUGCCAGGCAGCACAGAUCAGCUGAUUGCCUCCCCUCAUCUGGCGUUCCCAAGCACCACAGGACUACUGGCAGCACAGUGUCUUGGGGCAGCCCGAGGCCUUGAGGCCGCUGCCUCCCCAGGGCUCCUAAAGCCAAAGAAUGGAAGUGGUGAGCUGGGCUAUGGGGAAGUGAUGGGUCCCUUGGAGAAGCCUGGUGGGAGGCACAAAUGCCGCUUCUGUGCCAAAGUAUUUGGCAGCGACAGUGCCCUGCAGAUCCACCUUCGUUCCCACACGGGUGAGAGGCCCUAUAAGUGCAAUGUUUGUGGCAACCGCUUUACCACCCGCGGCAACCUCAAAGUGCAUUUCCACCGGCAUCGUGAGAAGUAUCCACACGUGCAGAUGAACCCACACCCAGUGCCAGAGCAUCUAGACUACGUCAUCACCAGCAGUGGCCUGCCCUAUGGUAUGUCUGUGCCUCCAGAGAAGGCUGAGGAGGAAGCAGCCACUCCAGGUGGAGCUGUUGAACGCAAGCCUCUUGUGGCCUCCACCACAGCACUCAGUGCUACAGAGAGCCUGACACUGCUUUCCACUGGUGCAGGCUCAGCUGCAGCUCCUGGGCUCCCUGCUUUCAACAAGUUUGUGCUCAUGAAAGCAGUGGAGCCCAAGAGUAAAGCUGAUGAAAACACCCCCCCAGGGAGUGAGGGCUCAGCCAUAAGUGGGGUGGCAGAAAGUAGCACAGCAACUCGCAUGCAGCUAAGUAAGCUGGUGACUUCAUUGCCAAGCUGGGCACUGCUUACCAACCACUUUAAGUCCACUGGCAGCUUCCCAUUUCCCUAUGUGCUAGAGCCCUUGGGAGCCUCACCCUCUGAGACAUCGAAGUUGCAGCAACUGGUAGAGAAGAUUGAUCGACAAGGGGCCAUGGCAGUGGCCUCUGCUGCGUCAGGAGCCCCCACCACCUCUGCCCCUGCACCUUCAUCCUCAGCCUCUUCUGGACCUAACCAGUGUGUCAUCUGCCUCCGGGUGCUGAGCUGUCCUCGGGCCCUGCGCCUGCAUUAUGGUCAACAUGGAGGUGAGCGGCCCUUCAAAUGCAAAGUGUGUGGCAGAGCCUUCUCCACUCGGGGCAAUCUCCGUGCACAUUUCGUGGGCCACAAGGCCAGUCCAACUGCCCGGGCCCAGAACUCCUGCCCUAUCUGCCAGAAGAAGUUCACCAAUGCUGUCACUCUGCAGCAGCAUGUUCGGAUGCACCUGGGGGGCCAGAUCCCCAAUGGUGGUACCACACUGCCUGAAGGUGGGGGAGCUGCCCAGGAGAAUGUCACUGAGCAAUCUACAUCCUCUGGGACAGGGAGCUUUCCCCAGCAGCAGUCCCAGCAGCCAUCACUGGAAGAGGAGUUGUCUGAGGAGGAUGAUGAGGACGAAGAAGAAGAGGAAGAUGUGACUGACGAAGACUCCCUGGCAGGGAGAGGCUCAGAGAGUGGGGGUGAGAAGGCAAUAUCAGUGAGAGGUGAUUCGGAAGAGGCAUCUGGGGCAGAGGAGGAAGUGGGGACAGUGGCAGCAGCAGUCACAACUGGGAAGGAGAUGGACAGUAAUGAGAAAGCAACUCAACAGUCUUCUCUGCCACCACCACCACCACCACCUGAUAGCCUGGAUCAACCUCUGCCAAUGGAGCAGGGAAGCAGGGAUGUUUCAGGAGGCACGGAAGAGGGGGUCAAACCUGAGAGGAGCUCAAGCCCAGCAUCAGCACUCAUUCCAGAAGAGGAAGGCACCAGCAGCUCCUUGGUGGAGGAGCUGAGCUUGCAGGAAGCAAUGAGAAAGGAGCAAGGAGAGAGCAGCAGCAGAAAGGCCUGUGAAGUGGGUGGCCAGACCCUUCACCCCCAGCCAGCUCUGGAGGAGCAUCAGAAGACCCAUCCCAAGGAGGGGCAGCUCUUUACGUGUGUUUUCUGCAGGCAGGGCUUUCUGGAGCGGGCCACCCUGAAAAAGCAUAUGCUGCUGGCUCACCACCAGGUACAGCCCUUUGCCCCCCAUGGCCCUCAGAAUAUUGCUGCUCUUUCGUUGGUCCCUGGCUGUUCACCUUCCAUCACUUCCCCAGGGCUCUCCCCCUUUCCCCGAAAAGAUGACCCCACCAUCCCAUGAGCCUGUUUUUCUGUGUACUGCUGCCCUUUGACCCAGGGAGCAGAAGGUCCGUAGAAGGACCUCCAAGAUUUAUGAGCCCUUACUUUGUCUUUUUCUCUGAGUUCUUACAUGAUAUGUCUCUAGUGGCUUUUCUCUAGUCCCUGAGCUUGGAAAUUAUUGUGCUUACAAGGGGAUUGCUCCCUGAGGAAUUUUUCUCCCCUCUUCAUUCUUUGUACCUGAGGAAAAUAGAUUCUGUACAGCUUUCACAUUCUCAAGGGAAACCCUCUCUAGCUUUCCUGAAGUGACCCUUCUCCCCUCUCCUCUCCCUUUCCCUUUGACAGGUACACCUGAUCACCCACAUUUGGAAUUGCAGCCCAGCCCAAAGGGGCUGGCAGCUGUCUCUGGAGGGCUCAGCGCCACUCCU